AUGAAGAAUUCAGCGCCCAAGAAUCCCCUCCAAUUGGGCCACAGCAUCAAGCACGAUCUUGCUCUGAACGCCUCAAGGGCCCUGAGAAUCCAUGGCUUCAACGCCAUAGCCACCCUUCUUCAAUUCUCCCCCGAACUCUUCCUCUCUGGGCCAGAAUCGACUAUCUUUGCAAUCCAAGAUUCUGCCAUGUCUAAUGUUUCUGUCCCGCCUUGGGUGAUGAAACAACUCCUGCAGUACCACACCAGCCCCUCGAAGCUGCCAAUGCAAGAAUUGAUGAAGAAGCCCCACGGAAGUUGCUUGACGACCCUUGUUUAUGACAAGAAUUUGAUGAUCACGACGAAGAAUGAUACGAAAACGGGUUCAAUUGAGAUCAACAGUGUGUUGAUUUCUCAUCCUGACAUGUUUCUUGAAGGGCCCGUUUCAGUACACGGUGUUCUUCGGCCUUUCUCUGAUAUAGAUCAAAAUUGGGAUUUCAUUCAAUCUCCUGGGUGCAAUUCUAAUCAGUCACUAGUUUCUAAUUUUAAUGAAAGGAGGGAUAUGGUCGAAUGGGCCCGAAUAGUCCAAUUGUUGAGCUCGAAUGGGUUCGUUUCCUUUGCAAUUGGAUUGCAUUCUGUUCUCAAUGGAAUCCUUCAAGAUUAUCCAGAUUUAGGUUCUGUGACAAUCUUUGCUCCACCGAAUUCAGGCUUCAUAUCGUCCCCUUGGCCACUGCUUUACAAAAUUGUUAGAAGUCAUAUUCUGCCUAAGAGGUUUACUUACUUGGAUUUGACUUCAUUGCCUAAGAAUAAUUCUCUGUGGAAUCUGGUUCCCGGUGAACAUCUACAGAUUAGUACAAAUAAACUUUCGCACGUUCUUUCUGUUAACGGAGUGGAAAUCACUUUGCCGGAUAUCCUUUCGUCCAAGAAGUUUGUGAUUCACGGAAUUUCCAGAGCUUUUGAAGUACAAUCAGAUGGGUUCAUUUCUUGA